AUGUUGGGAGGUCCCAUCAACUAUCACACGCGCACCAUGCCAUUCAGCGACCCCAUGUAUUCCGAGGACCGCUCGGAGCUCGGAGGAUGGCCUGCCUUGGGCGUCGUAGACAUGCUCCGCCGCUUCACCGACCUAGUCGCAACCUGGUCGAUGGCCGGGACGGAGGCCGGGUGCCAACCUACGGCAAUGCACCACCGCGCCGUCCAUGAGGAUAGACGGGAGAGGAUCGAGACAGCAGGAGGAGCGAAGGGGGUGGCUGGGAUGACUGCGGCACCGGGGGGGCCAGAAGAGGCGAGAAUGAGCCUGAAACCCGUCGUCGGGCCAGCGCUGGAGCACCACGCAGCCGUACCCGACCGACGAAGCGUCGACGUCGCGCUCGCUCAGGGGAAAUGGUUCGUAUCUAUCAUUGCCUCCCUGGCAGCCGUCCUGGGAUUGCCCGCGACAAGCUCGGGAAUCGACUGGAAAUCCGCCAGCCAAGGUCUGGAUCUCGUCCUGAACGCGAGCCGGGAAUACAUCACCGGGCAGGAGACGCGCCACAACCAGCACGCGGACCACGACGCCUACUUUGAGCGGUCGGCGUACAUCAACGGCACGCAGCACAUCCUCCGCGGCCUCCCGCGCGACCUCGACCCGGCCGAGGCGGCCAUGCUGCACCGCUCCAUGCCCCGGGCGCUCAGUGCGUCUUGUAACCCGCCGCCGGCGGCGGCGGCGGGGGGUUGGGGCUGGAGCGGCGGCCGAGCCCGCAGGGGGGGGCGGCGGCGGAGCAGCCGCGGCAAGCUGCAGGGGCUGGCCAUGUUCUGCAUGUACGCGGUGUACUCGAUCGCGAUGUGGGCGACGCCCAAGCUGGCCGGGUUCGGGACCCGGCUGGUCGAGGCGGAGCAGCGGCACCAGUACGUGCCGCGGCUGCUGAUGGCGCUCGCCGCGCUCCUCCAGGUCGUCGUCCUCGCCCUCCACUGGCUCUCCGGUUGCUGGCCCUGCCAGGCGCUGCUGAUGCUGCUGAACUACGCCCUCGACUGCGUCCGCGGCGUCGUCUUCGACUUCAGCGUGCACGCGCACGAGCACGAGCACGAGCACGAGGCGGUGCGCGAGGGGGUCGUGCCGGGGUGGGGGGAAGAAGAUGCUGUCAAAACUGGGAUCUAG